AGCGGCAGCAGGGCGGCGGCGGCGGCGCCGCAUCGGCCAUGCGGUGGCCCCGCGGCCCCCGCGGCGCCUGGCGGCUGCUGCCCAGGCGCUCGCUGCUGGCCGCGCUCUUCCUCUUCUCGCUCUCCUCCUCCUUCCUCUACUUCGUCUAUGUGGCGCCGGGCAUCGUGAACACCUACCUCUUCAUGAUGCAAGCCCAGGGCAUCAUGAUUCGUGAAAACAUGAGAACUAUAGGAGCUCAGGUGUACGAGCAGGUGGUCCGCAGUGCCUAUGCCAAGAGGAACAGCAGCGUGAAUGACUCAGAUUAUCCUCUUGAUCUGAGCCACAACGACACCUUUCUGCAAGCCACAACGUUUCUUCCUGAAGACUUUACCUACUUCCCCAACAACACCUGUCCCGAGAGGCUCCCUUCUAUGAAGGGCCCCAUUGAUGUAAAUAUGAGCGAGAUCACCAUGGAGGACAUCCACCAGUUCUUCUCUAAAGACCCUUCCAUCAAGCUGGGAGGCCACUGGAAGCCGAGCGACUGCCUGCCUCGCUGGAAGGUGGCGAUCCUGAUCCCAUUCCGCAAUCGAUACGAGCAUCUUCCCGUCCUCUUCAGACACCUUAUUCCCAUGCUGCAGCGGCAACGUUUACAGUUCGCCUUUUACGUUGUGGAACAAGCUGGAAACCAACCCUUUAACCGUGCCAUGCUCUUCAACGUUGGCUUUCGGGAAGCAAUGAAGGACUUGGACUGGGACUGCCUCAUCUUUCACGAUGUGGACCACAUACCAGAGAACGACCGUAACUAUUACGGGUGUGGACAGAUGCCGAGGCACUUUGCAGCCAAGCUGGAUAAGUACAUGUACCUGCUCCCAUACAACGAGUUCUUCGGGGGGGUGAGUGGCCUGACUGUCGAACAGUUCCAGAAGAUCAAUGGAUUUCCUAAUGCCUUCUGGGGCUGGGGAGGAGAAGAUGACGACCUCUGGAACAGAGUGCAGUAUGCAGGCUACUCGGUGACUCGACCAGAAGGAGACACAGGGAAAUACAAAUCAAUUCCCCACCACCAUCGGGGAGAAGUGCAGUUCCUAGGAAGGUACGCCUUGCUGAGGAAGUCAAAAGAAAGGCAAGCCCUGGACGGCCUCAAUAACUUGAACUACUUUCCAAACGUCACGUAUGACGCCUUGUAUAAGAACAUCACUGUUAACCUGACACCGGAGCUGGCUCUGGUGCCCGAAUAUUAAGAGGAGAAAAUAACUUUGCUCUGCCCUUCACCAAGAAAGCACCACACUAGACUUUCUUUUCCAAGGUUUAUCGAGGACAAGCAACACUUUGUCUAAUGAAGGAUCACAGUAUUUUGGAGAAUGAGGCUGAAAGUGCACGCACAAAUUGCCCUAGCUGUACCAAUCCAGCCCGACACCCGGGCAGCGAGCUCAGCAGUCUCUUUAAUUUUUUCUGCCACUUGCUUUCUGGGUUUUAGGACAACAGUUCGACCUGCUGCUCUCGUCUCCACAUUCCUCCUCCAGCAAUCUCUGGCACUGGGACUCGCCUCGGAUGCGCUUUCUCCUCUGGGAAGCGGCUCAGCUGAGGGACUCUGGCUUCUUGACGGUGAACAUUGGGAGCAGUUUGGUUGGCAACUGCCCUGGUGGGAGAUCAAACGACUUCUGAUGCCGUUCUGUGUCUGUGCGGUUUUUUAAAUGACCUGCUUGAAGUAUAUACAACAGAAUCGCUUCUUAAAGAAGUGUAAGUGUAAAUAUGCUGUGUAAAUUGCCCCUUUUUAUUUUUCUCCUACGGCUCAAGUCCAAGCUAGAGGUUUACAUGCGGUCACUCAUUUUAGUCCUGAGUUCUGUAAACACUUGCGUGUGCAUCACUGUACUUGUGCAAGGUGUUCCCUUUUAAGCCAGCGAGACUGCUUGCGUGAUUCCAGCUGUGCAUAUGCAGAAACGUUUGUGGGACAGGGCCCUGAACCUUCCAGUGCAGUGGGUUAGAAAUACAGCCGGGACAUUGCUCAUUCCAGACACCACAAGGGUGGCUUUUUCCAGGGAAAGUGAGGAAAUGGGAAUAUUUAUGAAAAAACUCCCUUUUCUGUGACUUUUACAAGAUGAUCUGCAAAUGAAUCCAAAAGCCAUAUGGAAUAUAAUCCCCUGCCUGUUGCUCUGUAUCCCACGUGGCGAGUGUGAGCCUGGUUGCUCAGGACUCCCAUCCAUGGUGCUGGAGGAGUGUGGCCCCUGGGCUGGCUGCCCCUGCCCACGUGCUGUCCUGGGGAUGGAGCAGCUGCACAAGCCCUCUCCAGACAGCAGCGUCCUGCCGUCACCCCCAGUGUGCCGGAAUGGUGUGGGAGGUUGGUUUAGUCUGUAUUCAUUGUGUAAAUCCAGCAGCACACUGAGGUGCUGUCAGAGCCAGGCAGUGCACAGGCACAGCUGGUGGGGCAGAGGGUCACAGGUCAGUGGGAGGGAGAGACAUGAAGGACACACAAAAACAUGAGGACUGGGAACCAGAGCUUGGUCUGACAACCCAUCCAGCCACCCAAUGCCAUCCCCCCUUUCCCCACAGCUGCCGUGGGCAGGCUGGGCUCCAGGCCCUGUCCCCAGGGACACAGUCCAGCCCUUACACAGCACCAACACCGCCACUUUCACUGGACCUCUCUGACUUAAAAGUAAAUACAUUGGGCGUUGUUUUGAGUUUGUAUUUCCACACAACAAGGGUGGGUACUUGACCUCCGAAGUACUUUAACUCUUUUCAUUGCGUUGUUUGCCUUCGGUUUCCUUAACUUCUCAUGGUUUACAUUGUUUUCUCAGUUCCGUGGACGUAUGAUCCCCAUACGCAUCUGUGGUGGGUGUGACUGCCCAGGGCAUUCCUAACCUGUAUCCAGAAAACGUUAGUUUAGAAAACACGAGUUCUUGUGUAGAUCUUAUCGGCCGGCAUGAGAGGACAGCGAGCCUGCCCUUGAAAAGCGCUGAUGAGUUUGUAACUUAGGUUUUAAAGUCUUUGAACUUACAUGUGCUUUAAACUUGCUUCCCGAGGGAAUUCAGCCUGGUUAUUUAUAGGCAGAGGUGAGGAUUUGCUUUUUCUGGCGCAUACAGCAAUAAAGACUUUUGCUUCGGGAUCUCGAUCUCUUAAUUCACGUGGACCCUUUCCGGAUGCUGAACCCACGUUGCCCUGCCCCUCUUUUCUUUCAUCUUGAGACCUUGCUAGAAAUCUGUCUUUGUUUAAUGGUGCUUCAAACAAGGAAUGUAUUUCAACUAGUCCAAGUUCACUACCCCGGAAUCAUGCAUGUGUGUGUGAGUAGGUGUUAAACUACCUUAGUCGGGAUCCUCAGCCUUCCAUGUCCCUGACACUCGUCGCACCUUGUGUGGAACAAAAGCCGUUACCUCUGCUCAGAACUGCACUCUGCGGUUGGCACAGAAGGGUCCACCCCCAGCAGCAUCCUCUCCAUCGUUCCUUCGUUCUAAUCACGUUGUUUUUUUUGUUUUGUUUUGUUUUGUUUUUCCCUUUCUAAAAUGUGGAUUAUCUGAAAAUGUGCACUGUUAAUCUUAUCAGCUAUGUCAAAUACUGUAUAGUAAAUGUAACUGUUAAAAACAUACUGUCAAGCGCAUGUGCUGUUAUGGUGUAAAAAUUCUCGUAUUAAGGAGAACUUGUACAUAUUCUGGCAGCUGAAGUUCAACAAGGCCACUCGUUCGCCCCUUCCACGUCAGUGCCGUCAGCCAGCCCUGCUGGAGGGCAGGUCCUGGGCGAUGCUGAUGCUGACCUUUUUUUUUUUUUUCUUUUUCUUUUUUUUAAAUGAGCCAUGUGGGUUUUAUUUGCAAAACUAUUUAUUGACAGUUAAUUCUCUGUAAAGCUCUGCUCCUCUAAGGGAGGUACCGUUUGAGCAACGGCUGCGCACUUCGGGCCACUCACCAUCAGAAGUGGCUUCAAACUCUCAAGUAGCUUUCCAUCAUCAUGGCUUUUGAGCUUACUGUUAUGUUUUUAAGAGGUGCCGGGGGGACGUUUUUGCACUGAAGAUUAGUGUUUUACAACACACACACUUCUCAGCAAAGCAAUCCUUUGUGUCAUUACAUUUAUUUACCCAUGUGUUUGUACAUUUUUGUAUUUGUUAAUUUAUGAAUGAUUUUUUCAGUAAAAAAUACAUAUCCAAGAACACA